UGAGUGACGCUGUGCGGCAUUCACUACUGUGUCUCUCACAACACCAGGUGGAACUCAUAAAGCUUAGAACAUGGUUGUGUUGUAUAGAAGAGGUGGUUCUGUGUCGUCACUGAGGUGGGCGUCUUCUUAGGUCUCAAAGUGUUGGAGCCUUACAGUAGUUUAAGAGGCCCUGCUGAUAUUACGAAGAUGACUGGUGAAAGUUGAUCAGGAUACGAGUGUCCCAAGAAAAGAAAGUGUCUGUUACAUGAUUUAUUCAAGUAUGUGUGUUUGAUUUCACGGGUGAGAAUCGUCGAACAUAUCGUCAAUGAUAUCGGCUCCGUGUAGAUUUUUGACUUACUAGAGGAAGGUUGACGGCCGCAACACUAACAGCACCGUUCCUUGUGAGUCUGGAGUCCCGCGGUCAACAUUAAAAGGCGACGUACAGCAACACAAACAACUACCCAUGUUCCGCACGUCACCAGUACAAGACGAGGCAUCAUGAAGGUUCACCCUAUGACACCGUCAGUGGGCACGAGCCCUCGGACCACACAUGGUGAGCCACAUACCGCCACAGAGGGAGACGACAACAUCAACACCGACAACUGUGUGGACGUGGUGGAACUGAAGAGAGAACUGGGGCUUCUGGACUGCAUCUCUGUCAUAAUUGGCAUUGUGUCUGGGUCUGGCAUCUUCAUCAGUCCCCGCGGGGUGCUGGAGUACAGUGGCAGCGUGGGUUUGUCUCUCUUGGUGUGGGGGCUGUCGGGUCUCGUAUCCCUCAUCGGUGCCCUCACCUUCACCGAGCUGGCCACCAUGAUGCCGGAGAGUGGCGGGAUGUACACCUACAUCCACACCGCCUUCGGGCCUCUGCCAGCCUUCGUUUACCUCUGGACAGCUCUCAUCAUCGAGGAGCCCACCAUGAGGGUCAUAGAUGCCUUCACCUUCGGCACCUAUGUCCUCCAACCCUUCUUCCCCUCUGACCCUCCACAAGUCCCCGUCAGACUGCUCGCUGCCGCUCUCAUACUGUUCCUGGCGUGGGUCAACUGCCGGGGACUGAAGGGGUCUGUCAACCUGCAGGACGUUCUCAUGAUCCCAAAGGUGCUCAUCCUCGGCAGCAUCAUUGGCGUCGGCUUCUACCAGUUGGCGACGGGGACCUCCUCCUCCACCAGCUACCAGGGCGACGUCUUCCAAGGCACCCGUCUCUCCGUCGCCGUCAUCGCCACCGCAUUCUACCAGGGUCUCUACACCUACGACGGCUGGGACAACCUCAACAUGGUGGUGGAGGAGAUGAAGGACCCAGACAGGACCUUCCCUCUGGCGACGGGGGUGUCCCUCAGCUUCCUGACGGUGGUGUACGUCCUCACCAACGUGGCCUAUUUCGCUGUCCUCUCCCCUCAAGAUGUUAUGUCCUCCACCGCUGUCGCUGUUACCUUCGGGCAGGCUGCCUUUGGGGUGAUGGCGUGGGCGGUGCCUGUGUCGGUGGCUAUUUCCACUCUGGCCUCUCUCUUGAGAGACCUUCGCCUGAUCCGCAUGGUGUUCGCAGGGGCCAGGCGAGGCCACCUACCCAAGACCCUUUCUCUCAUCAACAUCAAAAACUGCACUCCAGUCCCCUUUAUCAUCUUCAUGACGAUCCUGACCCUGCUGUUGUUAUUCUCGCCGGACGUUUACAGCCUAAUCAACUUACUGGCCUUCAGCCACAGCUUCUCUCGUCUCUUUGGCACCAUCGGUCUCCUCUGGCUUAGGUACAAGAGACCAGAGUGGAAGAGACCCUUUAAGGUGUGGCUGGUGCUGCCUGUGUUCUACUUGGUGUUGUCUGUGAUGCUGGUGGUAUUCCCGGUGGUGGAGGAGCCCGUCACGGUGGGUAUAGCUCUCGGGGUCAUCGCUCUGGGCGUCCUCGUUUAUUUCCUCUUCAUCUACCGAAAAAUUGAAUCCAGAACCUACAAUAGUUUAUCAGACAGAAUCUAUCGCUUCGUCCAGAUAUUACUUGAGGUGAUGCCUGAGAAGAAGGCAUAAACCAGGCAACCAAACAACAUGUACCGUCAGGACAAUAUAUUUUUUGUCUUUAUGGUGAUCAAACAGCACUUCACCGGAGUCUCUACUGAGACAAUCACUUAC